UUCUCUUUCAUUUUGUUUUCCCCUGCGUCCAUUCUUGACUACUGUGCCGUGCUGUGCUCUGCUCGUCAACAUCAACAACCGUGCUGCAAUGAAUGCGUCGGUUGAUUUUGAUGCCUUCGGGCCACAGUUGACAGGACAAUUCGACUUCACGCUUUAUUUCAAACAGGCAAUUUUUUCCAUUGUUCCGUCCGCAAUCUUCUUGGCAAUCCUUCCAUGCCGGGUCACAUGGCUGUUGCGAAGACGUUCGAUCCCGUCCAGCGGAUGGCUUCUCUUGGCAAAGCUUGCUACUAGUACGAUCCACCUCUCCCUCCAAGCAACUCUCUUGGCACUAUGGGCACUUCCGACCACACUCAAGACUCCAGCAUCAUUAGCAGCGGCCAUUCUAGCCCUGGUCAACUCGAUACUCCUUAUCAGCUUGAUCUACGUAGAGCAUGCACGCUCAACUAGGCCAUCCAAGCUCCUCAGUAUUUAUUUGUUCAUAACAUCUUUGGUUGAUAUAGCCCAAGCGAGAUCGCUCUUUCGGCAGCAGCCCAACUCAACUGGGAAGAUUGGCGUUGUGUUUGUAGUGUCCCUGGCCAUGAAGCUUCUUCUUGUUUUUCUGGAAGAAAUACCAAAGCCUGGUGGACCGGAGUCUUCAUCAAAGGAAGAGAUCAGUGGACCAAUCAGUAGAUCUGUAUUCGGCUGGCUAAACCCUUUGUUCCUUCAAGGUUCUAGGAGCAUGUUGAAUGUUGAUGAUCUCGGUAACAUCGAUCACAAAUUUGACUCCGCUCGGCUACUGUCUAUGCUCAGCUCGUCCUGGGAUAGCAGGGACAAAUCUGCCGAACAUGCCUUGCUCAGAGCCACGCUAUCCGCUUUCAGAACUGGUUACCUGGCCCCAAUCUUUCCGCGAUUGUGUGUGGCAGCUUUCAACUUUUCCCAACCUUUUCUGAUUAAAAGGAUCAUUGAGUUUGUUGGGGAGCCCAGCGACGCGCAGUCUCGCGAGGUUGCAGGGGGACUUAUUGGCGCUGCUUUGCUUGUUUAUCUGGGAUUAGCAAUCUCCAAAGGCAUUUACAACCAUGCGGUGUACCAGCUCACGACUUCAAUCCGAGGCGGGCUGGUUUCCCUGAUCUUUAGAAAGUCUCUUAGGCUAGACGCUGCAACUGCUAGUCAAGGGAAGGCUGUUACUCUCAUGAGCACCGAUAUUGACUCAAUCGCUAGUGGGGUCAAAGAUCUGCAUGAAAUAUGGGCUAGCGUUCUUGAGCUGGGCGUUGCCGUUCAUCUACUAAAUCUGCAAAUUGGGGCAGCGUGUUUUGUCGUUGUGAUACCAGCCGUCCUUUGCACUUUCAUUACAGAAAGGGCCACCGAUGGCAUUGGUUCUGCAAGGAUGAUGUGGAAUAAAGGUGUUGAGGAACGCGUUUCCACUACCUCUUCAAUGCUUGCCCAAAUCAAGGGUAUCAAGAUGAUGGGCCUCAUUGACUAUCUUGCCACCAUGGUGCAGCAACUCAGAAUUGCAGAGCUUGAUAUGUCGAAGAAGUUCAGGAUGUUCAUCGUGCGAAUCAUUCUUAUCUCCAAUCUCUCAGACCAGAUGACCCCAGCCGUCGUCGUGACGGCUGCAGUAUUCUGGACCAGAGCUGAUGGCUUUACCAUAUCUCAAGCCUUCACAUCUCUUGCCAUUGUGGCCUUGGUUUCUACCCCCUUGGCUAACCUAAUUGGCUCUUACCCGGCUUUUGUGUCUUCUGUCGCCUGUUUUGGUCGCAUACAAGAGUUUCUCGUACAAGACGAGCACAAGCCCGAACAUGUCCAAGGCAUUCAAGCCGUUUCAAAAAGGAAUUCCAUGAUCACGGUAUCCAUCCCCGAUAUCUCGCCGGAUACGGCCUCAACACAUCGCGCCAUAAAUAUGAAGGCGAUGAGUUCUCAGCAGCCUUCACAGAGGUCUGGUCUUGCUAUUAGUCUUGAAAACGUAACUGUUGGGGUCGAGGGCAAAGAAGAGCCGAUUCUCAGAAAUAUCACACUGUCACUUCCAAGAGCCAAAUACACAGAGGUCACUGGCGUCGUGGGAUGUGGAAAGUCAAGCUUUCUGAAGGCCAUUCUUGGAGAGAUGCCCCUGACAAGUGGCAAUAUCCGGUUUGCAGAACCAAGUAUGUCAGUUGCUUUCUGUGAACAAUCUGCUUGGCUACGGAAUAUCUCCAUCAAGGAAAAUAUCGUUGGCCAAGAGCCCUUUGAUGACGAAUGGUACAGGCGUGUCGUUUUCGCUUGCGACCUUAACCAAGAUAUUUCUAGAUUGCCAAAGAGAGACGACACGCUUGUUGGUAGCGGCGGUAUUACACUUAGUGGUGGGCAGAAGCAGAGAGUUGCGCUUGCGAGAGCCGUGUACGCCAGAAAGUCCAUCGUUCUGCUAGACGAUCCUUUCAGCGCUCUCGAUGCUGAGACACGAACGAAAGUGUUCAACCGCGUACUUGGCGGGAAGGGUCUUCUGCAGGAAGGCGAUACAACUGUCAUCCAUACCACCCCUGCCGGUCCACGAAAGUCAAUCGCCGACAACGUCAUCCUUCUCAGUAAGACGGGGUCUGUGGAACAAACAGGACCUUCGGUCAAUCUUGUCACGGUCUUCAAGGACGUUGACGUGGAAGACCUCCCGGAAGACAGCGUUCAAGUGGACGAAGACACGAAUGUGGCGACCAAGGCACCGAUGUGUGAGACAUCAGAAACCAAGGAAGAAGAUACUACUCAGAGACAAUCGGGUGACUUCUCGCUCUACAAAUUUUACCUUCGAUCAAUUGGCCCGACCCUAACCGUCACAUUUGUUCUUGCCGCGGCCACAUACAUCUUUCUAGGCUUCAUGCCAAACAUCUGGCUGAGAAUUUGGACCGAGCGCGGAACCAAUAAUGGAAGCCGCGGCGCUUACUUCGGCGCAUAUCUAUCAUUCUGCCUUGGAACCGUCCUGUUCUCGGGACUGGCCAUUGGGCUCUUCUUCGUCGUCGUCAUCCCUCGAUCAGCUGCAAGGCUGCACCAGAAACUUCUGGACUCUGUUCUCAAUGCUCCUCUGUGGUUCUUUACAACAGUGGACAGUGGCGUCACCCUCAACCGCUUCAGCCAGGACAUGACGCUUGUCGAUCAGACUCUACCUACGGCCUUUUUUGAGGUUGUGCUCGAUACUCUGGUUGCUAUCGCUUCCACAGCACUCAUCGCUUCGGGAGCGCAGUACUUCGCAGCCAUCAUUCCUUUUUGUGUCUUGCCCUUGUAUUUCCUGCAGAAAUUCUAUCUCAAGACUUCUCGGCAGAUGCGACAUCUUGAUCUCGAGUCUAAGUCCCCGCUCUACACCCAUUUUACGGAGACUCUUAACGGUCUUGUGACUAUUCGUGCCUUUGGAUGGCAGCAGAGUUUCGUCGAAGAGCAACUUCGCCUACUUAACGUUUCUCAAAGACCUUACUACUUGCUGUUCUGUAUUCAACGAUGGUUGACGGUUAUGUUAGACUUGUUUGUCGCGGUGAUUGCAACCAUUCUGGUUACGUUUGCUGUCAAAUCCACCAACACAACAAGCAGCGGUGCCAUAGGUCUAUCCAUGGUCAGCCUGAUGGGUCUUAACUCUAGCUUGUCGAGGCUGAUCAGUUCUUGGACAAAUCUGGAGACGUCUCUUGGCGCAAUCGCUCGGUUGCGUGACUUCGUCCGUGAUACUCCUCAUGAAGACGGUGCCAAUGCUCAGAAUUUACCCCCAGUUCCUCAAGGAUGGCCAUCUUUAGGUGCAAUCAACCUCAAGAGUAUAGAUGCUAGAUACAAGGCCGAUGAUGAAACUGUGCUUCACGAGGUUUCCUUGAACAUCAAACCUGGCCAGAAGGUUGGCUUAUGUGGACGCACAGGAAGCGGCAAGACUUGCUUCCUUCUCACGUUGCUCCGUCUUCUGGAUACGCCGACAGGAUCCAUUCAAAUUGACGACAUUGAUCUCUGCUCGCUGUCGCGCAAGGCAAUCCGACCGCAUUUCAUCACGCUCCCCCAAGACCCAGUGACUCUACCUGGGACCGUUCGAAUGAACCUUGAUCCUAACGGAUCUUUCUAUGGGCAAUCCGGCGGCGAAGCACUGCUAGAGGCGUUGAAGAAAACCUUCCUGUGGGACGAUGUAAUCAAGUCUCGGGGCGGUCUGGACGCUAGCUUCGCUGAGAUGGGUCUUUCCCACGGCCAACAGCAGCUGUUUGCUCUAGCCCGCGCCAUAUUGCACAAAGAUCAGAGUGGGGUUGUUCUAUUGGACGAAGCAACUAGCAGUGUCGACUAUAAGACCGAUAAGUUGCUUCAAGAGGUGAUCAAAAAAGAGCUUUCAAGCCAUACCAUCCUGGCCGUGGCGCACAGGCUCGACACCAUCGAGGACUAUGAUGUUGUUGUGGUGAUGGACAACGGCAGGAUCGUGGAGGUGGGCAAUCCCAGACAGCUUCUACAGCAGACUGGAUCAGCCUUUCGAUGUCUCCAUGCGUAUUGAUUUCGUUUAAACAUUUGGUGUUUUCUUGGGAUGGCAUUCAAGACAAAUUACUGAGAUGGAUCACUUGUGGCGUGCGAUAAAUGCGGCAAGCCUUUUGCGUCUGAAGACCUUGCAGAAGGUUUUCGUAGCCGUACGGUGGUUUGAACUCCCGAAGGUAAACAUGCUGGUUUAUUAAGAAUAAAGGCCGUCGCUCACGAUACGAAGAUCAGAGUUCAUGUGCAAGUUUGAAGUUGAUGGGUACUGUAUUAUCGGGAUAUCUAGGGUCAGCAUUCAGCGCGGCAUGGACCAGAGCCUAAAAGUUACUUGUCCAAUAUGAAAUCCAUAUUCCAG